AGAGCCUAUAUUCAUCUGGAACAUAAAUGGGUUAUCAGCUAUUAUGAAAUCUCCUGUUGAUGCAACAGAUUAAAUGGCAGACAUUUGCCGACAUACCAACUGUGUAAGUCACACUGGAGUUUCCAAGUUUGGUGACAGCCAUGCCAGCCAGGAUGACCUCAGGAAAAUUGAGUGGUUGCCGAUACGAGCAUCUGGUAUCAACCAUGAACCCAACUAUAUUUGGCUCAUCUGGAUUCUUUUUUGGGUGCCUGACUUCACAGUAUUUAUACAGACCUGAUACCUACGGAACAUAAAUAAAAUGGCUGAGCAGAACAGAAGACUCAGUGGAGGAGAUGGAGCUGACCUACACAAGAGGCGUGAACUAAGAAGAGAUUACAGAGAAUUGAUCGCUGAAACAAACAGAGAAAGUUCCGAGCUUGUUAGACCUGAAUCUGAUGGCCUGAGUGGGCUAUUGGACCGCGGUGAUGAAUUAUUUAGCCAAGUCACUAGACUGGCUAACAGAGCUCCGACCUUAGAAGCUGCUUUAGAUGCUCAGUUCUUGAGGACAGCUGCCAGCCUUGGCUACCAGAAGGCCAAGAAACUCCAUGUCGACAACACGUUUGACCCUAAGGUCUUUGUUCAAAAGCUGAUAACUUUCAUGGACUGUAGAAGACUUGGUAAUAAUAUUGAGAUAGAAGAAGAACAUUGGAUUAAUUUAGGCAGAGCUGCAACACCAGCAUUCCGCAAUGCUACCAGCUUUCAGUUCCUGCUUGGUACCUUUGAACGUGAACCACCUCGAAAAAUCCAGAGAAACAAAGAUAAAAAUGCUGAAGAACAAGCUGGCCCUACAACCGUUGCCAAGCAGGUCAAAGACAAGGAUAAGACUCCAACUGAGGUAACUUCAGAGGAGGUUGAGAAGUUGGUGGCCAUUCUGCGGCAAGUCUGUGACAGUGGUGACGGAUCAUAUGAACCUAUCUCUUACUUCGAUUUGGUCAUCAAUCCCGAAUCAUUUAGCCAAACUGUGGAGAACAUUUUCCACUUAUCCUUUUUGCUUAAGGAUGGCCAUGCUAAAGUGUACUUGGACGAUGAUGAUCUUCCAGUCAUAGUUCCUUGUAUGCCAUUCAGCGAAGACCAAGGAAAUGAACGAGUUGCCAAGAAGCAGGUCCUGGUCUCUAUUGACAUGGACCAAUGGAAAGAGCUGAUUGAAGUGUUUGAUAUCACCGAACCUCUCAUUCCAACAAGACAUGAAACCAAGCAAAGGAAUGGGCAUCGGUAGUUUCUACUUCAGCCAAGUGAGAACUUUUCUAUGAAGAAGAAGAGUACAAAGUUGUCUAUGCAAAUGAAAAUGAAGUGGAUGCUUAGUAGCAAUGUCUGUUACAUUGAUGCUUACUGUGGAGAAGAUCUACAUCAAGAACUCAACAUUAAGAAACUGAAGCUUAAGAGACCUGCUCGGUUGGCCAGAUAAAUCUGAUAGGUGAACUAUUUCUUCUAGCAGUUCAUGGGAAGACGAGUGUGGCAAAGAUUGAGCCACUACAUCUUUCCAACGACUUUCAGACAAAAAAAACAUAUGAGACCUGUUUGGUGUGUUACCAAAAAUAUUGGAUGGAAAAUCUUUAGAUAGAAUUUUCUUUGCUGCAGCUUAUUGAGAGAUAAAUAUGGACAGAGAUGCUUUUUAUCACAAGAGAUGCCAAAUGAUGUUCUGACUAUGAUAUUAUGUCCUCUUAUACCUUUCAUGAAGAUACAGAGCUAUUGGAGGCCAAAGAAAAACAUUGUCAAAUAAUUUUGUGGAUUGAUGGUAAGGGGCUUGACUGUUUGUGACAUGCAAUAACAAAGAUUUGAAUGAAUUGUCAGACCUUUGUGCUAAAAUGCCAAACUUUUAACUCUUAUUUCCAUUAUGAUUUGGACCAAAACAUAAGUGUGAAAACCCCAAGCCCAUAUUCUGAAGUCUGGUUUAACUUAGACCAUGGUCUAACCCUGUGCUAAAAUUAUGGAAAGCCACAAAUUUCAGAAUAUUUUUUACAUUGUAUGUUUUUUAUGUUUAUUGUGCAUUACCCUAACACUUUAAUGAAGAAGACAACUAUCUUAUUCAUCCUCCACAGACAGUUAAGAAUGAUUUGAGAGUCAAAUGAGCUAGUAAAUUGAACCUGUACUGUUUGAGAUUUAUGUCACAAUUGGCUAUCCAUAGUGAAACCAUAACUUUAUGCCAGAGUUUAAAUUAUACCUGACUUCAUUAUACGGGCCCAAGAGUUUUGCUAGUAGUCUCGUAAAAUAUUUUUAGCAGAUAGUGCAAAGCUACAAUGAAAGUACAUGUAGAUCUGGAUCCAGCCGGGUUAGAUAUAAUAGUUUUUGGGAGGCCGGGUAUUGUUAAAAAAAACAAUAUGGCACCCUAAAUGGUAUUGUGUCUAAUCCGUCUCGGGCCACGUCUGAAAGGGGGUGGGGUUAGGGUACAGUGUUUUAGGAGCAGUGAACGAGAACAAUGUCGCAGUCGUCUGAUCGUUCGUGUCAACGUCGUCGUCUGCCCUUGUUCACUACAGUUGCAAAUAAUUUAGAAUUCACUCGACAUGUAUGUACAUCCACGUGAAACAGCGUGGGGGAUGACCAGCGGUUCAUGACACGCUGCCCGACCCGGAAGAUCUGGCGACCUGGUCGGGUGAUGCGAAGGUGCAACUUGUGCACACUUGCCCUUUCACUUGCUCUGAUUCCUUUUUACACGAGUUAGGAUUUAUAUCGAUAUAUAUUUUGGAGAUCAGAAAGCAAUUUCAAAUAUGAUUAACAUAAUGCAUCGUACGACUUACAUUAAUUUUGUGAAAAGUGACUGAAAACUGUGUUUUAAAAGGGAAAGGUUGAUCUUCAUGCUGAGCUUGAGCGGUUAAAAUGACUUCACUCAUGUGCACGUCGACUAUGAUUUAGGAGAACCGCAGAAUGGAUGUGGCGAGGUUCUUGAUUCUGAUAGUCGACGUGCGUGAGGACCUGAGGCAUAUGGAAGGCCAAAAAAUGACGUCAUCUCAUAUCAGUCGUCUAUGUCGACGUACGAUUCUAAAAGUGCUCACUGUUGUGCAUAUUAAUUAGUUUGAGCUACUAUUUCAUUUAUUGUGUUAUAUCCUAUCAAGCAUGUGUUCAUUGGUUUGUACCCACUUGGUCUACCGGUAGAUGGUCUAAUUCUCAGAUUGUCUCACACUGUUGUAUCAGUUUGGUCCAAUUUCCACUUGGCCUAAUAUUCAUUUUGGAUACAUAUCAUGUAGUCUAAUGCAUAGAUGGUCUAAUUUCAACUUCAUCUAUUACUUUACCACAUUUAGUCUUAUAAAAAUUUCAUAAGUACUAGACUAAGUGGAUAUUACAUGAAAAUUGACAUACAUGUAUCCUAUUGAAAAUUAGACAGAAUGGUCAUUGGGUUUUAAACGUGGCAAUUAAACCAAAUGGAAAGUAGACCAAGUCAUCUCUACAUGCAUAAUGACUGGGUGAUGUAUUCAUGUACCUUGGGCCAACAGUGUAAAGAAUAUUUUUCAUAUGUUUUAACCAUUGUUGUGUAGUCUACAAAUAACAAAAUAUUCCAUGCAGCCUGCGUAAUGUUUUUUGCGUGAUCACAACAUUCAUGUACAACGCCCACAACCGUGAAUUGAUUCAAACAUUAAAAUUCAAACAAAUUAGCAGAUCUCACAAAAUGAAUGUCUCUGCAUGGAAACUGCACUGUGGAGAUGCUCUCUUUCCCUCUUACUGGUACUGUAAGUCAGGUGAAUUUACCUAAGUUUAGUUUUUUUGGACCACAAAAAUCUGUUUCAUUUAGAAGAAAUUUGUUUGAAGACGUAAAGGCUUGCUUAAUUUCUUGCGUGAAAAUGCACUUCUAGUUGUUUACAAAUAUUUCUGUCUUAUGAUUCAUUAUAGAGUAUUACAUUCUAAAAUGUAUCACUUAUUCUUAGAUAUUGUCUUUUACUACGUUUUUCUUCCAAUUACAAAAACAGUACUCUUAGUGGCUUGUUCAGAUGUUACUCUGCAAACUCUUUCAAAAAAUAAGUGAAUUAAAAUGAAAUAGAUAAGAAAUGAACUACGAAUAAUGUGAUGAAAUGAAAUAAUGUGCUACCAAUGCAGAAGAUAUUCUAUCCAUCAUUUUGCUGCAAAAAAAGGUGUACCAACUCGUCAAAAAUAUUCCUUUCAAAAUGUGUCAGUCUGUUUUACUUUAAGGGGAUGCAAUAUUGCACUUCAUCAAACAUCUGAACAACUAAAUAA